AUGCAUAUCGAGGAGGCGACCCCUGUGCAGAGUCCUCUUGACAACGAUAUUGAAGAAGCAAAGUCGGGCUCAAUCUACAAGGGAAAUGCGGUCGGAUACCAGGAAUACCGAGACGGAUUACACCUAGUGUUCACUGCAAAGGAGGAAGCCAAAGUCAGAUGGAAGAUUGAUUUCGUUGUACUUCCUAUUUUCCUCAUCACACAAGCCCUGCAGUUUAUGGACAAGACGGCGUUGAACUAUGCGAACCUGCUCGGAUACCAAGAGACACUGAAUUUGAAAGGUCAACAGUUCAAUUACCUUUCAGCAAUGGUGUACGCCGGCUACUUCUUUGGACAGUACCCAUGUGGGUGGCUUGUAGGAAGAUUCCCUGCUCAGCGUGUCUUGGGGGUGAGCUGCAUGAUGUGGGGGUUGAUGGUCAUUAUCAUGACCCAGUGCCAUACAUUCACCAGUGCGUUGGGAGCACGUUUCAUUAUGGGUAUUUUUGAAGCUGCUGUCACCCCCGGGUUGACUCUCAUGACCGGAUUCUGGUAUACCCGACAAGAAAUUCCUCUUCGUCAAUGUAUUUGGUACUCAGCUCUUGGAUGGGGUGGCAUUGUCGGGUCCUACAUUUCAUUCGGCAUCACUAAGCUUCCCGUUGAUAUGAGUCCAGCACGUUGGGAGCUACUGUUCUACAUUCUCGGUAGCGCCACCUGUCUCUGGGCAUUCGUGAUCUUCUUCGUUUUGCCUGAUUCGCCCUCAAGUGCAUUCUUCUUGACCAAGUCCGAGCGUAUAAUUGCAGUCAAGCGUGUCGCCGGUAAUGAAACUGGUAUCAAGAACAAGUCAUUUGACAAGAAGCAGGGCAUGGUUGCAUUCAAAGAUCCAAAGGCCAUCUUACUAUUUAUAUCCGUGUUUGCUGCUGCUAUUCCCAACGGUGUUGUCAACUCUUUCUCGACGAUCAUUAUCAAAGACAUGGGCUUCUCCCAAACUAUGACUACAGAGUUGAAAUCCGUUGGUGAUGCAGUAGUCAUCGUUGCGUUGAUCAUUGGUGGCACUAUCACGUUGAAUGUGCCAAACUCCCGUCUACUCACCUCGACUACUGCCAAUAUUCUAUGCACAGUUGCUGCGGCUUGUAUGGCGUAUCUUCCCAGGGAGCAAAAGUGGCAGAGACUCGUUUGCUUUUGGUUGGUGAAUGCGCAAUCUGUCGGCUUCACAGUUUCGUUGGUGACUAUUUCUUCAAACAUGGCUGGUUAUACCCACAGAGCUAUGGCCAACGCUCUUGUUUUUACUGCCUAUUGCUGGGGUAAUUUUGCAGGGCCUUUUGUAGUGAAGGCAUCAGAGGCUCCUCGAUAUGAGGGCGCCACAAUUGGUCUGCUAGUCGGUUACGCAAUAAAGGCAGCAUGCCAUCUGUCAUUACUUGGCUAUAUGUUCAUUGUCAAUCGCCGUCGUGACUCACGCUAUGGUCCAGCUGACAAGGCUCGAAGUAAUGAGGCUGGAAUGCAGGACCGAACUGAAUUUGAAAACAAAGAUUUCAGAUAUGUUCUUUAG